AUGCCACGCGGGCGCAAGCGACAACGCGGCGAGGAGGAGCUCGCCUCCGCCUCCGCCACGACGGCGGCGCCUGAAGUCGACCCCGUCGUGCCAGCCCUUCUGCGCCAGCAGUCUUUGGCGGCGACGUCGAAAUCGCACCGUCGUCGUGCGGCCGCUGCAGCGCCGUCGUUUUUGUUUGCGCCUACAACAGUUCUUCCGCCGUGGCAACGUGUGGCGCUUUCAACGUUGCGCCGACUGCAUGAGAGUCAGGCGAACGAGCACCGUGCGGCCGCCCGUGGACGCAUUCUGCAGAGGGAUCUCACUCGGUAUCUUGAGGACCUCCAAAGGCGCGAGGAACGUCUGCGUGCCAAACAGCGCGAGUCGAGGGCAAGGCUUGGCAACAAGUUGUUUACGGCCGUAGAGAAGCAGUGGACACGGCGCGGCGACGUGUUUCAGCAGCUUCUCUGUGUGGAGUUCGAUGAGCUGAAGCGGCGGCAGACGGAGCGUCGACAGGAGGACCUCCUGCGUGAGGCGGAGAACACCACACGCGCGCUGCUUGAAGGCCUCUUUGCGGAGGCGAAACCUCCUCCUGCCCACGGUGAUAGCGACGGUGCCGGCGCGGUGGCAGCUGCGGCUGCGCUGCAGGACUGUGGCAUGACGGGAUGCAUGUGUGGUGGGGCCGCGCCGGAGAGCUCCCUCUCUUUGCUCGACACGCAGAAAGGGCGACGGCCGCUGCGCGACUACCAACGCUCCGCACUGCGCUGGAUGACAAACCUCUACACUAAGAAGCUCAAUGGUAUCUUGGCUGACGAGAUGGGGCUGGGUAAGACGAUCCAAACCAUCGCCCUGCUUGCCUUCUUUGCCGAGUACAAAAACGAUUGGGGACCGCACCUUAUCGUUGUGCCGACGACGGUCGUGCUUAACUGGAAGGCGGAGUUUCAGCGCUGGUGUCCAGGGCUGAAGGUGCUGGUCUACAUUGGCUCCCGCAAGGAGCGACACCGCCUGCGCAAAGGGUGGAUGGGCGAGGAUGCGUUCCACGUUUGCAUCACCUCCUACAACCUGAUGGUGACGGAGCGGGCGGUGUUUCGCCGGCGUCCAUGGGGAUUUCUCGUACUUGACGAGGCACAUCAGGUGAAAAAUUUCAUGAGUAAGAAGUGGCAGUCGCUCUUUGACCUGCAGGCGGAGUAUCGCCUGUUGUUAACCGGGACACCGCUGCAGAGCUCGGUGAUGGAGCUGUGGUCGCUCUUUCACUUUCUACUGCCGUCUGCCUCCGCCUUUAGCUCCAACGAGGAGUUUCGGGAGUGGUUCAGCAACCCAAUGGAGGACAUGGUGACGGGGCGCACGUCUCUCAAUGAGGAGGUGGUGCGCCGUCUCCAGUCGCUGCUGCGACCCUUCAUGCUGCGCCGGCUGAAGAAGGACGUGGAGGCUCAACUCCCCUCCAAGACGGAGAAAGUCGUCGUGUGUCGCCUUUCCCGGCGUCAGCGUCUUUUGUACGAUGACUACAUGCAGCUUACGGAGACGCGUGAGCGCAUCCGUGGCGGGGCGGGUGGGGUGCUGGGGGUGUUGCUGGCGCUCCGCAAGGUCUGCAACCACCCCGACAUGUUUGAAGAGCGUCGCACGGUUUCCCCCGUGGCUCUGGAUUGCCUCAGCGCGAUCACGUUGCUGGUGCCGCGCGAAAUUCUGCUUCACGGCAAUGACUUUGGUGGCCGCUGUCGCUUCCAGAAGUGGCGCCUCUGCGUGGAGGACGUCUCGCUUCCUGUGGAGCACAGCGACGACGUCUUUUUUGACGACACGUGGCUGGAGUGCGUGGGGCUGCAGCCGCUGUUGAGCGACCAGCCGCUUGCGUGCCCCUUGCCACGCUACGCUGCGGAAAAUUUUUAUUGGCCAACCGAGGCUCCCGUGGAGCAGGUUUUGGGUGAAGACACAAAGGACUGCUUUACGGACGCCGUGUGGUCCAUGCUGUGCCAACAGGUUCGAUAUCAACAGUCCCGUGCCCGCCAGCGUUAUGCGAUGACGACCGCCAUUCAAGCACAAAGACACCGGCGCAUGGAGGCCACUGUGCAUGUGUGGCACCCGCGGUGUCUUGAGAUUGUGUCCUGCCGAGGACACGGAACUCUCCCCGCACGGCUGCGCCCAAAUCUUGCGCAGCGUUCCUGUGCUAUUUUGCCUAUUGCGCAAAAAGUUGCGGUGUAUGUCCCUCGCGUCGCGGCCGUGCACCCGCCGCGUCUGCACUGCCGGCUUCCUGUGGCACACUACCAGGCAUUUCGCUCGCAUACGCGAGAAAGUCUGGCGCCGCUGCUUGCGAUUAGUCGUUCGCCUGAAAAUCCGCAUACACGACGUGGCGUCUUUGACGCCUCCUCGUUUCUGGCGGAGCUGUGGCCGCUGCAUGUGCGUCGCUGCUUCAGUUUCCCAGACAAGCAGCUGCUGAUCCACGACUGCGGCAAGCUGCAGUUCCUGCAACACUCCCUUAAACAACUGCGUCGCGAGGGUCACCGAAUGUUGAUCUUCACGCAGUUUGUACAAAUGUUGAAUAUUUUGGAACGGUUUUUGGCCAUCGUUGGUAUUCCGUAUCUACGAAUUGAUGGAAGCACCCCCGCCGAGAAACGGCAGGCCUUUGUGGAUCGCUUUAACGACGAUGACCGCAUCACAUGCAUGAUUCUCUCCACACGCUCAGGAGGAAUAGGCCUGAACCUCACAGGUGCGGAUACCGUUAUAUUUUACGACAGCGACUGGAACCCAACGAUGGAUCUGCAGGCGCAGGAUCGGUGCCACCGCAUUGGCCAAACGAAGCCGGUGACGAUCUACCGCCUGAUCAGUGAGCACACGGUGGAGGAGAACAUCUUGCAGAAGGCCCGGGAGCGGAAGAAGCUUAACAACGUCGUCAUUCGCGGUGGGCAAUUUCACGCCAUGGCAAGCGUGGACGUGGUCUACGAGGAUAGUGCGGAGGCACUGGCGGCACUCUCCGACCCGGUGCGUCUCCGAAGCUUUUUCCACGACCUGGAUGAGGAUGCCACCGUCGUGGAGGACCCAUGCCAGCGGGGUAAGGCGCACGGCGACGACGCGGGCGCGACGGAGCCGGUGGAUAUUCGGGCAGAGAUGAUGCGGCUUGAGGACCAGGAAGAUCGUGAGGCGCAGCAGCACGUGGAGGAUGAAUUGCGGGCGCUGGAGGAGCAGAAGCGAAACGAUGAGGCCGAGUUGGGCGCCGAAGACGACGACGACGACGACGACGACGAGGGCGAUGUCGAUGAAGCAGGAGAAAGAAUAAAAAGAAAGAGACGGAGAGAAGUGACGGGGGAGGAAUUAGAGGAGGGGCUGCUGGCCCCCCCGGUGGGGAAUGACAGUAAUAAUAAUGGUGGUUUGGGUGCCACACACGCCCGUGUGUCGCGUGGGGUGUCACCGAUGGUGGUCCAAAAGCGGCGUGACAUUCUGCGGCGGCAACGUACCCCACUUGAUCGACUUCUCUCCGUGCGGUUUGGCAUCUGCCACGCGGCAGAUGCAAGAGACCGCUAUGACGCCUUGUGUGAGACCUACGCGGCCCACGUGAAGGAGGAGGAGCUACCGCCAUUCACAACAACCCUGCAACUGUGA